CUGCGGCUUGCGGCAUCCUGACGGUCUCCGUCUGAACUAGUUAACGCUGCAGCCCCUUUCUGACUCAUAGUGCCCUCUGGCGUGUUAUCUAGUGAAUUUUGGUAUGGUAUGCGAGCUGCUUGCCGGACAGAAAUUUGUUUGUUAUUUAACUAACGACCUGGGAGAAGCAGAAAGCGAAGACUCUUUGGGAAACAGGGGAAAGGGGGUGCGAGCAAAAGACUUUCUGAAGGGAGACUGAGACCAAUCUCAUAACAUCAAAACAACAGCACAACACAUCACAACAAAAUGGCCUACCGCCUGCACAUCACCAACAAGAACUACAGCUCGUGGUCCCUGCGGCCCUGGCUACUGAUGCGCGUCCUCGAGAUCCCCUUCGACGAGGUCCUGCACGCGCUGGAAGAGACGGGCUCCUUCCGCCAGCCGCAGUGGUCGGCCUUUUCCCCCGUGGCCCGCGUGCCGUGCCUACAUGUCUCACACGAUACCUCCAAAGAACCGCUCGUGCUGUGGGACUCGCUCGCCAUCGUCGAGUACCUCGCCGAAGCCCACUCUACUGAGAGCAACAAGAAAAACAUCUACCCGCCCGCCCCCGCCGCGCGCGCAUGGGCCCGCUCCGCGACCGCAGAGAUGCACGCCGGCUUCGCCGCGCUGCGCGACGAGCUGGGCAUGAACGUCGGGCUGCGCAUCGCGCUCUCUGGUCCCGACUCUGCCAGCGACGCACUGCGCGCCGACCUGCGCCGCGUCGGCGAGCUGUGGACCGACGGGCUGGCGCGCUUCGGCGGGCCGUUCCUCGCUGGGCCUCAAUUUAGUGCCGUGGAUGCGUUCUACGCGCCCGUCGUGCUGCGGUUGCAGACCUAUCUUGGUUCUGCGGAGCUGCUGGGCGGGGACAGGGAGAGGAUCGAUGGGUAUGUGAGAGUUGUCAUGCAGCUAGAGGAGGUGAGGGUGUGGGUUGAUGAUGCGAUUAAGGAGACGGCUAGGGAUCUACCGCAUGAUGAGGAUAGUAUUGCGAGGCCGGGGCGCAGGUUAGUGAGCGAUUUGAGGGCUGUGGUGUAAGUGGGGAGGGAGGGUGGUGAAAAGGGGGGGGGGGGGG